GCCAUCAAAUUCAUUGAUCUUCUCACUGAAGCUUCACUGGACGAUCCUGUCGCGAAAUUAGAUGAUGCAGCUCUCUAUAGGCUACGCAAUCCGCCCCGCGCUCGACUCACAAUAGACAAUGAUGCUAUCCGUUUCAGGAUUGAAACAUACUUCACACUCGAGCACUCCGCUAUCAGUGCAUAUGAGUCCAUACGACGAUCAGCAGCCCGGUGUUUCGAUGGGACUGCCACAGAUAUUCCUAGUCAUCACACUGUCGAGAAGCUCAUUGCUGGGUACACGGGGGUUGACUUGAUCGAGCAUGAUAUGUGUCCAGAUACCUGCGUGGCCUUCACUGGCCCAUAUUCUUCACUUGACAUGUGCCCCAUAUGCGGUGGAGAUCGCUACGACCAUAUCAGACUACACACUAGUGGGGGGAGGUCUCGUGUGGCCCAUCAGAAAUUUGUCACCAUACCACUUGGCCCACAGUUGCAGGCUCUCUGGCGCGAUCCACAGCAUGCCAAA